AUGGCUCCUAAAGCGAAGUCCCAGAAGAUGUCCAUGGGCGCCUUCUUGGCUGACGAAAGCCUCGGCUCCUGGGCUGAUGAGAUGGAGGAUAUGCCCCUUCCAUCCCAGCCUUUGACCUCCAGUUUCAACCGCCGCCCCGCUGGUGGUGACAUGUUCGGCUCUGGUCCUGGUGGCUUUGAGCGCGAGCGUGGUGGAUACGCCGUCCGGGAGCCUCUCGAUCUUCCUACCCAGCCUCCCUACACUUGCCACGUCGGCAACCUUUCCUUCGAAGCCACCGAGGCUGAUAUCUCCGACCUUUUCGCUGGAUGUGGUGUGACAAAUGUCCGUGUUGUGGAGGACAAGUUGACCAAGGCCCCCAAGGGCUUCGGAUACGUCGAGUUCGAGACCGUUGAGGGUCUGCAGAAGGCUUUGGACCUGUCUGGUUCCAGCCUCCAAGGACGCUCCAUCCGUACCAGCGUUGCCGAGCCUCCCAAGGAAUCUCGCAUGGAAGGACGGGACCUCGAUUGGUCCCGCCGUGGCCCUCUCCCCGACCUGCCUCAGCGCCGUGCUCCCGAACGUUCCAGCUUCGGACGUGGCAUGGAUGCCGCCUCUGAUGCCGGCAGCGACCGCGGUGGUCGUCGCAGCAACUUCGAGUCCGAUGGAAAGCCUCGUGAUUUCAACAACUGGGAGCGCAAGGGCCCCCUUUCGCCCCCUGCAGGCCCGCCCCGCGAGGGCCGCCCCACCAGCAACGAUGGACCCAACUCCGGCUUCCGCAGAAACGAAGCCGCUUGGGGUGAGGGUCGCUCUCAGGACGAGGGCUCUCGCCCUCCCCGCCCCGAGCAUGUUCGCCCGGAGCCCACACCCACUGCCGCCGAUAUGGACAACCAGUGGCGCGCCAGAAUGCGCCCUGACGAAACCCCCAAGGAGCCCACCAGCCCCGCUUCUCCUUCCGCCACCCCUGCCGCUCCCGCUACCCGCCCCAAGCUGAACCUGCAGAAGCGCAGCACCCCUACCGAGACCACCGCCAGCCCCGCUUCGACCGGUGACUCCAAGGCCAGCCCCUUCGGUGCCGCUCGCCCCAUCGACACUGCCACCCGUGAGCGCCAGGUGGAGGAGAGACGCCAGCUUGCCAUUCGCCAAAAGAAGGAAGCUGACGACAAGGCCAAGGCCGAGAAAGCUGAGAAGCAAAAGGCCGCCAAGGAGGAGAAGUCAACCACCGCCGUGGACCACAACGGCAAGGAUGCUCUCGAGACACCCAAGGGUGGCGGUAACUUUGAGAUUCUCCGACGGAGCGGCGAGGAUGAGAGCGGCAUGAGCGCCGACAAGGAGACCGAAGAGGUCGCAGCUCCCGCCGAGGCAGAGAAGGAGACCACCAACGGCAACUGGCGCGCCCCGGCCGGCGAGGCUGCCCCUGCUGGUGACGACGAGGGAUGGAGCACGGUGACGGUGGGCAAGCAGCGCAACGCCCGCCGUGGACAGACUGGUCGUGGAUUCGCAUAG